UGUGUCGCCUCUAGGAUGGCGGAGGCACCGCCUGGGCCUAGCAGCCUCCUCCCACCGCCAGCACCGCCGGCCGCGGCGGCGGCCGAGCCCCGCUGCCCCUUCCCGGCGGGGGCCGCGCUCGCCUGCUGCAGCGAGGACGAGGAGGACGACGAGGAGCACGAAGGCGCCGGCGGCAGGAGCCCGGCGGGCGGCGAGGCCACGGCCAAGGGACCCCCGCGCCUCCGCUGCCCGCCGCCGCCGCAGGAGCAGCCGCAGCUCAACGGAUUGAUCAACCCCGAACUGCGGCACCUCCGGGCGGCCGCCGCCCUCAAGAGCAAGGUCCUGAGCGCCGCCGAGGCCCCCACGGCCGCAGCCGCCCCCGACGGGGGCCCCAGAGCGACUGCAACAAAAGGAGCCGGGGUCCACUCGGGCGAGAACCCCCCGCACUGCCUCCCCAAUAAUGCAAGAACUGCGCGCCCCAGCCUGGCAGCGGCGGCGGCGGCGGCGGGGAGCGACCCCGCGGCGGCCCGCAAUGGACUGGCGGAGGGCGCCGAGCCGGAGGCGGACGACGAGCAGGUGCGGCUGCUGUCUGCAUCCCUGACCGCCGGCUGCAGCUUGAGGAGCCUCGCGGGCGGGGAGGUGGAGCCUGGGGAGGAUCGGACGAUACGAUACGUCCGAUACGAAUCUGAGCUGCAAAUGCCCGAUAUCAUGAGACUGAUCACCAAAGAUCUGUCUGAACCCUACUCCAUUUAUACCUAUAGAUAUUUUAUCCACAACUGGCCACAGCUGUGCUUCUUGGCCAUGGUAGGGGAGGAGUGUGUAGGUGCCAUCGUUUGCAAGUUGGAUAUGCACAAAAAGAUGUUCCGCAGAGGUUAUAUAGCCAUGUUAGCCGUGGAUUCCAAAUACAGGAGAAAUGGCAUUGGUACUAACUUGGUUAAGAAAGCUAUAUAUGCCAUGGUGGAAGGAGACUGUGAUGAGGUGGUUUUGGAAACAGAAAUAACAAAUAAGUCUGCUUUGAAACUUUAUGAAAAUCUUGGUUUUGUUCGUGAUAAGAGGCUGUUCAGAUACUAUUUAAAUGGAGUUGAUGCACUGCGACUUAAAUUGUGGCUGCGUUGAGAAACUGACAUCAAGGAACAACUUUCUAACCAUGAAGAAUCGACCUUUGCAUGCAAUGCAAUUUGUACAGAAUUGCUUUGCAGGUGGAUUUAGUAAUUUCCAUGCAGCUCUUAUCUGUCAGUGUCUCAUUGAGUGUCGCACAAUAUUUGUUGCACUUUGGCAUGGCGCAUUUGUUCUGAAUUAAAAAAGAUUGUUUUAAACUUAAAAAGUUCUUUUGGUACCAACACGAUGUGCCAGUUGAUAGCCAAGAUUUGUUUGUUCAUUUGCUAAGUCUGCUGACAAAUGUUAUUUACACAGCGGUCAUUUUAUCACAGAACCAAUAAGUGGAACAUGAUUUUUGUUCCUUAAAAAAAGCCAAUGUAGAUUGUAAAAGUCUUUUAAGUAUACUAACAUUUCACAAGAAACCUGCCAUAGUUUUCUGAAGGGGGUGGGGCAAAGCUUCAAUUUUAGGUUUUAUUUUUUCAAUAUUAAAUUUUCCAUUCUUGAAUAUUGGUACCUCAGUGAUUAGUGAAUGAAAAAAAAUGUAAUGUAGGGUUGGAUGUGUCUUACAAUGAGUAAAGAUAACAAUUAAAUCGCGUCUGCCAGUGCCUGUGUAGAUAAGUAUAUUUGUCUUCAUCUCUAGUUUUUGAAUGCAUGCUAUCUUUUCUUUUAAAGCCUCUGCAAGCAAACUUGUUUUUAUUUAAAUUCUAAAUUUGAUAAUAAAUUAUUUCAGAUUUUUAUAAUUUGGAUACUUUUUCCAGGUGAGUGACAGAGUGUUUUACUUUAGAAGUCCCUUUUUUCCUUACAGUAAGUAAGAGGUUGAAUCUACUGGGAAAAUCUUUGACAUAUGGCUUAAAAGGGAUGAGAAAAGUUAAUGGAGCCGGGAAUUGCUGGGUUUUGGAUGCACUUUUUUUAAGAGUGAGGGACUUUUUGGAAAAGAAUAGAAAAUUAAUGUAAAUUGGUAUGAUUUUAUUUAAUCAAAAUUAUUGCUUAGCUGUGAAGAAUGACUUUCACAAAGUAGUUGGAACUUUUUCCCCACUUGAUUGGAUUCACAUUGCUUCCAUUUCUUAAAAUGCUUCACUUUUGGUUCUUGGUCUUGGAAAUAAAUUUCAAGGUGCAUUGCAACCAUUUAAAAUUGAUUUUAUUUUCUUUUCCUUUAUUUGAGCAACUUCUUGAAGGAGCUUUGCUCAGUUCCCAAGAAAAGAGAGAAAUGGAAUUUUUUUAAAUGAGUUCUGUGGGUUUUCUUAAUAGCCAUCACCAUGUUCAUUGGUUACAUUGUGUUUUGGCCAGUCAGUGCAAUGUAACAAAGUUUAAACUUACUGCUUUCAGUUAAAGUCAAGAAACCUGUGGUGGAUAAUUAAUUUAACUGAAAAACCUAGGUACCCAUAAAAAAAAAAAAAUAUUCAUUCUCUGUGAAAAAUGUUUUGUUAGGGAUCUAUGUUGUUUUUUCCUUCGAUUUGGAUUUGCUUUACUUCUGCUCUAGGAUUUGGUUUGAAUUUUGUUUUAUGACUAUCAUUACUGUAUUUUAAAAAACCCUACCUCCAUUAACAGUUGGUAAAAAGCCCCCUUUCAGGAAAGUUUGUUGCCGUUUUUUUUUUUUUUUUUUUUAAAAAGGAAAGCUGCUCCUUGCUCAGUGUGGUGUCUUGAAAGUGAACGUGGUAACAAGUACUUUUAAAAUAAAGAUAUACAGAUUUGAUGAAAAUAAAAUUUUCCUGCUGGUGGGAUCAUUUAUAAUUCUUAAAUUUAAAGAAAAUUUUUCUUUGCAUUCUAUAUUGCAUUUAAAAGUUUAGUGGACUGAAUACUGGUUGCAUUAAUAAUAUGAUGACCACACAAUACUAAGCUUCCCAGCUGAAUGUUUUGAGUGUUUUUGGUCAAACUUCACUUGGGCACUAGUAUUUAGAGGAAUAUCAAUCAUAGUGAUGGAGAGAACUGAAUUAGAUAAAUAGUUCAGUACUUAUGUCAUCCAAUUUUAUCUCACCACUUUAUUCAUCUUGCUGAUUCAUAGGUAAUGAUUGUGGAUGAACAUUUACUUAACUGUAUGUUGAUGAACAUACAGUCCUAAAGUAUAUACAUGCUAGAUUUUCUGUUCAACUAUUAUGUUUUUGGCAGGUUUUUGAUGAAACCAUCAUUAUUGACCUUCCCCCAGAGCUGACCAGAUUUUGCUGAAUUGAUUAGGUGACUAGGUGUUUGUAAACGCGGCAUUAACUAUGUGACUGGAAAGUCAAAUGGCUGCCAUAUUGUUCAAAUGGUGUAUGUUGAAUAUCAAUGUCUACCUUUUGUCUUUAAAUGGCUAAGCAUUUACUUAGACUAAAUGUUUGACCUCUAGCCUGAUAACCUGCUCCAAAAUGAAGUCUCCUUUCCAGUUGAAAUAGCAUCAAACAUUAAUUCACUUUGAUAUUGGACUUUCAUUUUGCUUAGGUAAUCUUAAAACAGUUUCAUUUAAAAUUGAUAGAGUGAGUUCACUUGGCUAAAACUGAGCAAAAUUGGUGCAACUUUCUUUUAAUGGGGUGCUGCCUCUUUAAGACUGACUGUACUAUCCACUGACACUGGUUUGGCAGUUGGUACUGCUGAACAUUUUUAUACAUGCUACCAUGAAGCUAUAUAUGUUAGUAUUGAAGAAGCUAACGGGUAUACUACCAUUUUUGAUGUGUGGGCUAAUUAUAAUUUCCCUGACAAUAGGAUGAAACUACUCUAGAGAAGUCCACAGAUCAGAAACCAGACAGUAGUUUUUGAAGUUGAAGCCAGCAAAUAAAAAAGAAAAUUAUUAAAAAUUUGUUUUUGAUAUUUUCUUCCUCUCUUUCCCAAAUUACCCUCCCCAUUUGCUCGACAAAUCUGUAAAGGAGUUUGUUUGUCACGUUUUAACUUAACCUUGCCCUGUGUUAUGGUAUUGACUGACAUGUAUAAGACUGGAUGUGUAUAUUUAUUAUGGUAUCUAAAAAUCAUGAAGUUCAUCACUUUCCAGGAGCAUAGAUAAAAGCAAAUUGAUAGUACAUCAGUCACUUAUCAGUGCACCAUGACAUCACUAAAAAGAGUGCUAUAUUGUUACAGGGCUUUCAGGUUUGUAAAAACAUAACCAUAAGUUAUAUUGACGUCAGAUAUGAGUUGAGUAUCUAUAAAAUAUCACGUGUAUCUCAAAAUAUUGGACUGCUGUUUGAUGACUGGAUAUUGCUGCAAACUUUACUUCUAUUGUCCCAUAUCCUUUUGGAGAGAGAGAUUUAAUGGGAUUUGAAAUGUGCAAGCUGUCUAAAUAAGAUGCAGUCAAAUAAAGUAUGGUUAAGUUGUGUUUGCAUUUUUCUUUUAGAUACAGCUGUGUGCAUUUUAUGAUUGGGUUGUUUUUCCUACUAAGAAAAAUCUAUUCUGUUCCCCACUUCCUGACUCCCAUCCAAGAGUUAUUUGAAAGAACUGAUCGUGCAAUUGUUAUCUUUCUACUUUGUGUUCUGACAAAGUAAAUUUGAAAAUAACAUAAACUUGAUUUUCCUAAAAAUCAAAAUCCACUCAUAGGUAUCAAUACAAAUGAGAAGAACAUUUUUGCAUGCAUUAAACCAAAACUUUUUUGUCUUUGUUUUCAUUUUUGUCUUUGUUUUCAUAGACAAAAAUUUAUUCCUAAGACAGUUUUUAAUUUACUGUUUUUAGUUUGUACUUAAGUCAUCUCGUCUCCCCUUGCUAAGACUCCAAAGUAAAAUAGAGCAAUAUCUAAUGGGCUGUUUGCCCCAUUCUUGUGAGAAACUUUAAGUGGUAGUUCUAUGUUUUCAUAAUUCAAUAUUUUGGAUAUUAGUAAAGGAAGAAUCUGUUUUAAUCAGAUGACUUCUAAGUGACUUGCACAAUGCAUGCCAAAUCUUCACUUUAUGAUAGGCAUGUUGUGAAAAUAAUCCAAUUUCAUGUUUGGCUUGGGACCUUAUAUGGAAAUUAAAUACUUCAGAAAUUGUAUAAAGACCAGAAAAUUGUUACCAUUCUUUCAUAUCUGUGAACAAAGAUCAAUAUUGAAUCUGUAGCCCAGAGAUGUAGUGAUAUUUUUAAACAACCUUUAAAAAGUUUGAAACUCGUGAGCACAUAGCAUGCUGCACUUUCUUUGGAUCAGUGCUAUCCAACAGCACUUUUUAUGAUGAUGGAAAUGUUCUUUUGUGGUCUUCAUUAUAGUAGUUACAAGUCAUGCAGCUGCUAAGCACUUGAAAAGAGGUAGUGCAGUUAAGGAAAUGAAUAUAUAAUGUGUUGGAUACUUAAAUAGCCACUUGUGGUUAGUGGCCACUGUAUUGGAUAACAUAGCUUUAGCAAUAUUUAAGCAGUAAUUAAGAAAAGCAUUUUUUGAAUAUAAUUUUAAAGACCAUACUAGUGAAUUUGUUAGGAUAUGAAUGGUCUUUGAGCAAGGGUGUAGCAUCACUGCUUAUGUUGACAAUCUAUUAAUAUGGUGUCGACACCCCUCUCCCUGUCCCUGUUGUGGUGUGUACCUUCUGAGGAAAGCAGCCCUUUCAGUUUUAAUUUGUAGGAUUUGGGCGCUGCAGAACUGUACAGAUUAAAGUGCCAAAAUUUGAUUUCUGAUAAGCUUGUCAUAUCUUUUUAUCCUUAAAACAUUUUACAUAGUUAAACCUAAUUUCUCAUUUUACCAGUGGCCAAAUGAACACGAAGUAUAUCCUACUAGUACUUUUUUUUUUUUUUUUUGGCUGAAAUUCUGAAGAUAAUUCGUGUUGAUGCAAAGAUAAGUGUCUCUGCUUCUGAGAGAACCAGAUUAAUUUGCUGUGUUCUAUGGCCACGGUGUCUACGUCCCUCCAUUCUAGGAAGUAAUUCAUCAAAAGAGCAGGAGUGGGGUUGGGAAAUACUUGGCCAAAGGGUGAGCCUGUCUUGAUACACACUGUGAACAUUGCUGAGGAAAACUCUAAGCACACAUGGGAUAACAAUCAGUGUCUAAUCUUCAUGUGAAAACGACCUCGGUAUCAAAAAGACCACCAAAGUGCCAAAAUCUAUCUCUAAAAAAAUGUAAAUGCAGGGGUUAUAAUGUAAGGUUUUUGUUAUGCUUAGAAAUAAGCUCAGUUACAAUGGAUUUUCAUGACUACCUCCUUGCUGUAUGAAUAUCUCAAUUUCUAAUACCUCAAUUUCCUGAAAAUCUGUAUGUACAUUUUUUUUGUAAAUAAAAUAAUUUAGCACAUGCUAGGGGAAGGACCUGGCUGUUAAAGAAAUUGUAUAAAAGCAUCUGUUAACUGGAUUUGUUACACAGUGAAUUGACUUGAAAUUUCUUAAAAACGUUUUGUAGACUUGUGGUCCCCUUGACUGAAGGUGGUUUUUUUUUUUGUUUUAUUUUGUUUUUUAGUAAGCAUCUUCUUACUUAGUGAUAUUUGUGUUCCAGAAGUGUGUACCCUCAUCUGUUCAUACAAAGAUUUGUAUGUCCCUCUGUUUUCUUCUCAUGCCAAAGAAACUCACCCUUUAUCAAAGCCAGCAGGUUGCACAAGCUGAAAAUUUUUUUGCCCCUUAAAUAGGCAUUCUUAAGCUUUAUUUCCUGGGACUUAAAUAUUUCCCAGGAGAAGAUAUCUUCACUUUUUUAGUUGAAUCCAGUAGUAGUAAUUUGUCAAAAUGCCUGUUUUUAGGAAUGCACUAGUUCCAUUAAGUAAACAAUAUUCACAAGUUUAAGGAACUAUACUGCAUUUUAAAAUUCACAGUUGUAUGAAACAUUUUAAAGCUGAUAUAAGAUACAAGGUGAUUGCUAAAUUUAUAAUUCUGUUUGUGAACUACUCAGGAUUCAUUGCCCUAACAUAGGAGAUGGAUCACUAUCAUGUUUAGGGCCAAAUUCUCCAUGUUUGUGUAUGGUUGUUGAUCAUUGUAAGGGGACUGAAUCUGCUGCCUUAAAGCUAAACCUGCUGCCUUUAAACUUUGCUACCUCCCCCUUUCAAUCAUGGCUGUAAACAGUGACUGCACAGUCAGCUAGCAUUAUACUUGAUUUUAUGUGAAUGCAAAUAAAAUAAAAUUUUAAAGUCCACCAAGUAUUGACUUAACUAGGAAAUGUAAACUGAUUUCAACCUUGUCUUUGGCCAGAUCUACUUGAUAGCUUAAGUUAAUUUGAAAAUGAAGUACAUCAAUAUGGAUGUGAACAUUGUGUUUGAGUUACUGUGGGAAUAAUUCAUAUUUGGAAAUGAUAAAUGAGCAUUCAAAGUGUUUAUUUCCAUCCUGAUGAUACUGGGCAAGUCUCAAAUUUUCUGAGCCUUUAAUAAUAACUACUGAUAAGCUUAUUGUAAAGAAUAAAUGAGAUAAUUUAUGUAACUCCCUUUAACAAUGUCUAGUGGCCUGGUAUGUAGUAAA